UCGCCUUCAAGGCCCUCCAGUGUAUCGCUGCGGCCCCUCCUCCCAGAGCGGCCGCCUUUUCCCGCGCGAGCUGCUCCUGCCGCUCGGGCCGCCUGCGGGGAAACAUGGCGUCUGCCCUGGAGCAGUUCGUGAACAGUGUCCGACAGCUCUCAGCUCAAGGGCAAAUGACCCAGCUUUGCGAACUGAUCAACAAGAGCGGGGAACUCCUUGCGAAGAAUUUGUCCCAUCUGGACACUGUGCUCGGGGCUCUGGAUGUACAAGAACACUCCUUGGGCGUCCUUGCUGUUUUGCCCCUUCGAGGAAUUGGCAUCCUUAAGCAAGCCAUAGACAAGAUGCAGAUGAAUACAAAUCAGCUGACCUCAAUACAUGCUGAUCUCUGCCAGCUUUGUUUGCUGGCAAAAUGUUUUAAACCUGCCCUUCCGUAUCUUGAUGUGGACAUGAUGGAUAUUUGUAAAGAGAACGGAGCCUAUGAUGCAAAACACUUUUUAUGUUACUAUUAUUAUGGAGGGAUGAUCUAUACUGGGCUGAAGAACUUUGAAAGAGCACUCUACUUUUAUGAACAGGCUAUAACUACUCCUGCCAUGGCCGUCAGUCAUAUCAUGUUGGAAUCAUACAAAAAGUAUAUUCUAGUGUCUUUGAUAUUACUUGGCAAAGUACAACAGCUACCGAAAUAUACAUCUCAAAUUGUGGGUAGAUUUAUUAAGCCCCUCAGUAAUGCAUACCAUGAAUUAGCACAAGUUUAUUCAACCAAUAACCCCUCAGAACUGCAAAACCUGGUGAACAAGCACAGUGAAACUUUCACCCGCGAUAACAACAUGGGACUGGUGAAGCAGUGCCUGUCGUCUCUCUAUAAGAAGAAUAUUCAGAGGCUAACGAAGAUAGAAGAUGGUGAAAUUUUUGCAAGUAUUAAUCAGAAGGAUGGUAUGGUCAGUUUUCAUGAUAAUCCUGAAAAAUAUAAUAACCCAGCCAUGCUUCAUAACAUCGAUCAGGAGAUGCUAAAGUGCAUAGAGCUGGACGAGCGGCUGAAGGCUAUGGACCAGGAGAUCACAGUGAACCCCCAGUUUGUGCAAAAGAGUAUGGGCUCGCAAGAAGAUGAUUCAGGAAACAAGCCCUCCAGUUACUCCUGAAACUAACACCCAUCCUGAGUUGCACAGGCGAAUGUCACCUUGGUGGCCAAGAGCGUGAAGAGGGCAGCAGGGAGCACCAUGCCUGUUCCACCUGGACAUUCAGUUUUGUUUUGACAUCUUCAGUCCUAUGUGCUUUCAGAAAACCAUUCUCUCUGCAACGAAAGGAAAAAAAUACAAACUAGAGUCUGUUGUGGAUUUAUUUAUCCUCAGAUUAUUGUUAUUAUUGCAUUAAAUUUACCAUUUUGUUUUAA